AUGACUGAGCCAAAUGGACAUGCAUCCACAUCCUGGACCAGGCCCAAACAGGUCGUCAUUGUCGGCGGCUCCCUGGGCGGGCUCUUCACUGGAGUAGCAUUGAAGCAACAUGGCUAUGAUACGACAAUCCUCGAAAGAACACCAACAAACUUGCUGGAGAACCAGGGAGCCGGGAUCGUCGCAGGUGGCGACACUCUGACAUUCUUUGAGCGCUAUGAUCGGUGUAAGCGACCCGUCGCUGUGCCGGCCCCGAGACGCAUGUAUCUCGAUCAGUCGGGUAAAGUUGUUCAAGACAUGCCCUUGAAGGGGACGAUGACUAGUUGGGAUCUCUGCUAUUACCUGCUUCGCGCAAAUUACGAUCACCAAGAGAGUGGAUACUGUAAAAUGCCCGGACCUCAGCCUGGGGAUGGUAAAAUCGAUUACCGUUACGGUUGUACAGUGACGGACUUCCAAGAGCAAGAUGGGAAGAUCAGGGUGUUCUACGACAAGUCCGAUGGGAGCACGGAAUCCAUUGUCGGAGACAUGCUGGUCGGUGCCGACGGUCCAAGCUCGCGUAUCCGAAAGAUCUUGUGUCCAGAUGUCGAGAGGAAGUACGCUGGAUACUGCGUGAUAAGAGGCACGGUGCCUGAAAACGAAGCCUCGGAAGAAGCGAAGAAGGUGUUUGUGGAGAGGUUCACUUUCUUCCACGCCCCCGGCAUCCAGAACUUGACCUACACGAUCCCAGGUCCCGACGGGGCGAUGGAGCCGGGGAAGCGCUUGUUGAAUUUCGUGUGGUACACCAAUUUUCCCGAGGGCGAGCAGGAGCUCGAGGAAGUCAUGACUGACAAGGAUGGCAAGCGCAGACGGCUGACCAUCCCACCUGGUAUGAUGCGUCCCGAGGCGUGGGAGAUGGUAAAGAAGCGCGGGCGAGAUCGUCUUCCCCCCCAAAUGUCGGAGAUGGUCGAAAAGACGAAGCAGCCUUUUGUGCAAUGUAUCACAGACGUGAUCACGCCGACUAACAACUUCUUCAACGGCAAGGCCGUGCUCAUUGGAGACGCAUUGGCUGGAUUCAGGCCGCAUACAGUAGCCAGCACAAGCCAGGCUGCAUUUGAUGUGCUCAUGCUGAUCGAGUAUCUGGAGACUGGCAACCAUGCAGAAUUCGUGCGGAGGACCAUGGAGUAUGCACGCCUGGUCCAGCAAAGGGGCGUGAGGAUUGGUGAUAGAAGCCAGUUUGAGGCGCUGCCGUUGCAGGAGUACAUUGAUGAUCGCACCAUGAUGUCGAUCCCAAGGCAGGAGCUCGAGUUUCCAGAGUGGACGCAAGUUAGAAUAUAG